GUGAACUAACAAAGAAGAGGUUUGUCAAUUGCCAAAGAGUUAGGAAACGUGGCCUUAGCAAAAGAGAACCCAACAUAAUAGAAACAAGCAAUCUUGAAAGACCGCAAAUAGCGUACACGACUCCGUUGGGUUGGUGGAUAACUUGCAAACAUGGCCGAUGUUAAUCAAGGAUCGGUUUUACCAAGCGAAACUUCACCUCCCGUUCUGGACGGACUGAAUGCAACCGACUCAAAUGGUACCGAAGCUGUCAACGCGACUGUGGCCAAGUUUGUGGCAACACCGGAGGGAACGGCACUGGCAUAUGGCAGCCUUGUGUUCAUGGCUCUGUUGCCGAUCUUCUUCGGUGCACUGCGGUCAGUCAGCUGUGGCAAAAGCAAGGUUGCUGGAGAAAAUGGUUGCGAUUAUGAGUACAGAAACUCCUCAGACAUGCCAGAGACCAUCACAGGCAGAGAUGCUGCACGGUUCCCCAUCAUCGCCAGCUGCACCCUUUUCGGCCUCUAUCUCUUCUUCAAAAUUUUCUCACAAGAGUACAUCAACUUGCUGCUGUCAAUGUAUUUCUUUGUCCUGGGGAUUUUGGCACUGUCUCAUACAAUGAGUCCCUUCAUGAACAGGAUCUUCCCUGCUAACAUUCCCAUCAAGCAGUACCAGCUGCUCUUCACUCAGGGCUCAGGAGAGACCAAAGAAGAAAUAGUCAACUAUGAGUUUGACACCAAGGACAUGAUCUGCCUGGUCAUCAGCACUGUGGUUGGGGUUUGGUACGUCCUCAAGAAGCACUGGAUUGCCAACAACCUCUUUGGCUUGGCGUUUGCCCUGAAUGGGGUGGAGCUUCUGCACUUGAACAACAUCAGUACUGGCUGCAUCCUGCUGGGGGGACUGUUUGUGUAUGAUGUCUUCUGGGUGUUUGGCACCAAUGUCAUGGUUACCGUGGCCAAGUCGUUCGAGGCACCCAUUAAGUUGGUGUUUCCCCAGGACCUGCUGGAGAAGGGUCUGGGUGCCAGUCAAUUUGCCAUGCUGGGCCUGGGAGAUAUUGUCAUUCCAGGGAUCUUCAUUGCUUUACUCCUCCGCUUUGAUGUCAGUCUGAAGAAGAACACCAGGACCUAUUUCUACACCAGCUUCCUGGCCUACAUCUUCGGCCUGGGCCUGACCAUCUGGGUCAUGCACACCUUCAAACACGCCCAGCCUGCCUUGCUGUACCUGGUCCCAGCCUGUAUUGGAUUCCCAGUGGUUGUAGCUCUGUUGAAAGGAGAACUGACUGAAAUGUUCAGGUAUGAGGAAGUGUCUGCGGAAGAUGCUGCAGCUAAAGAAGACACCACAGAGGUUAAGAAAAAAGACAAAUGACGGCAAAGGUCUUAGAAGCUGGUCCAUCACUCUCUAGCACCACAUUCACAGCAGCCCACCUCUCUAUACACAUCCAAGGAGGGUCUUCAUGUUUCCCAUGAGUCGUGUGCUGUACAUGAAAAUGGCUGAUUUUAAUUAAAUAACUGUUUUAGCAUUGGGGAUAUUUUGUAGUUUAAGUGGUUUGUAAAACAGCUUUUCGGUGCGUAUGUUUCCCUUUUUGUUUUGUAUUCAUUUCCUUUUUGCAUUCUCAUAUGAUAUUUCUUGUUUUUAUUUCACUUGAAAGGCCAGAAUUGUUUUAAUCAAAUAAGUUUUACUAUUGUUUUGUUUUUGGGGGAAUCUUGAGAAAUCACAGGAAGCUGAACAUUUUUGAAAUUGCUCUCGGAGUCUCAGAUGUGUUUUUAUAAAGAUUGUUUAGUUUGGUUUCUGCACCAAGUCUAGUCUUGGUUUCAUAUAGAAAUCCCUUCCUCAUCGAGAAUGUGAAACAUCAUAGGACGAUGUAAGGGAGGCUAGAGAUGAGUCUACGAUUGUCAUACACAUGCUUUAUAAGGAACUUCACCUUUGCCACGGUCCUCUGGUCUGGAAGUAAGCCUAAAGACCUACCAUUCUCAAGGUAUAAUUGUGCCAAUUUAGUAGUGCAUGUAAUUACAUGUCACCUGACAUGUUGGUCAGUGUAACGGUAAUAAUUGUUCCGAAUUCAGAUCAGUGCAUUAAGGAAGUAACUGAACUUGGGCGAUCAAGAUAUCACAUUUUGAUAUUUGUAUGGACAUUUGCUAUGACACUGCUAUUUCUGUGAGUCCUACUCAUUCAUAUCCAAUCAGAGGAGUCUGUUAUAUGGAAAUGAAUUAUUGUAGGAGUUGUCCUGUGCAGUGACUGAGAGGUACCUGCAGGUGGAGACGGUGUCAAUUGAACCAUGUCUCCUCAGAGAGUGGAGACCCAAGGGACAAAAUAAUUCCUCUUGCUUUAGGUUGUGAUUGUUUUGCUUUGAUCAUGUAUUCUGGCCUUUUGCAUAAUGUGGCAGUGCGUUUCAGGCCCAGAUAGAUGGGGGGGGAGGAGCUUUUUCGUGUUAGGGAUUUAAGAUUGAGCAGUUUUGUAGUAAUGAGUUUAGGUGAAGUUCAUGCCCUGCCUGGUGAAGUUCAGUAACCCUGCUAUCAUUUCAAAUAAAUAUACUUUUUUUUUUCUCCUAUUGUACUUGUGCAAGUCAGAGUUUUAUUAUGAGCCUUUGUUCACGAUCUGAUAUGUCAUCUAUUUUUAUUUGCAAUAAAUGUUGGUGUAUAUCACCGUAGAGGAGCAUAA